AACCAAACAAGUCCCCCAACCACGCCUUCUAACAAAAGAACCGGCAAAACCCACUGCCGCCCUUUAAAUCUUAAAAUACACACAUUCGCUACUUCCACACACCACAAUGUCGGGCGACGAAGCACCCCCUAACCCGCUCCUGGCGGCCCUGCCCCCAGCCACUGACUACAUCACGUAUCUCACCAUCGUCGAGUAUAACCUCACGGCCGAGCGACUGCCGACGCUGCAUCAGGUGCUGCAGGACCCGACGCUGACGACUAACAUCGGCUGGGACCUUGUGCAUUUGCUGUUGCCGCUGCUGCCGGCGAGCGAGGAGUGCCUGCAGGAUGUUGCGCUGAAGGGGAAUCCGCGGGAGGUGAUUCUGAAAGUCACGGAGGCGUUGCGGUUGAUGCAGUACGCGAAUCCAGAGGCAGAAGAAGAGGAGAGUGAGAAUGAUGAAGGGGAGGAGGUGGCGGUUGAGGAGGCGUUGAGGAAGACCAAACUCGAAGGGGGAGGGGAGGUGAAGCCGCUGCCGUUGCCAGUCCUGCAGUUCGAGACGCUGCUCUCGAUGCUAGCGACGCUGCAUCGCCGCGUCAAGACGAAGUAUCCCAGCCGCUUUCUCUCGACGAGCCUACAGGCGGUCCUCGUGAGCUAUUCGAGCGCGGAAUCGCAUAUGGACGAGCUCACGGCUGCGGUGGUCAAGUUCAUCAAGACGCUUUCGGGGACCAAGCGGCCGCAUCUCCCGCCACGAGUGAGUAGUGGGAAUAUCCUGCAACGCACGACAUCGCAGCAGACGGAGCCGGAUCCGGAGGCACAGAGUGAGGGCCCCUCGCUGGACGAGACGAAGUUGAGCGAGAGGUUGCUGCAGAGCCUUGUCACGCACGUGACUGAGGAUUACAUGGGUUCGUUGAGCUCGGCGGAUGAUGUGCCGGGGCUUGCGUGGUCGAGUCGGUUGAUGGAGAAGCUGGAGCCGGGGAAGAUUGUUCCUGGGAAACCGACGUUUGCCGAGAGGUUUUCGAAGGAUGAGGGGUUGAAGGGGAGGAGUUCAGUUGUGGGGCAGCUGGUUGCGGUUGGGCAGGAUCUGGGGCUGGAUUCGAGGGACCUGUUUCAGACUUUCACGGAUGAGUCGACGGAGGAGGUGGGGAGUCCGGGGGAGGAGAGUGAUCCUCCGGCGUCUGCGAAUGAUAUUCCACUUUCGAGGAUCGGGUCGCUGUACUUGUUCACGGCGAGGAGCGUGGCGAGGGUGCUGUAUGGCCAACCGCCGCCGAACGAUGGCAUCGCUAUCUUCCCGGAACACGCAAAAAUCCUGCGGAACUUCGUUGGCACGGCGGGAACCGCGAAUGUUGGGUUGGAAUCCGAGGCCCUUCUGGACGCCAUUCUCUGCCUGGGCCUACUCGCCCUCGACGCAAACGCAAUCGACGAGCCAUACGACGACGAGGAAUUCGCCCAAUACCUCCAAACCGUCACCCUCAUCUCCGCCAACUCGCCUUCCCCAACAAUCCGCUACCACGCCCAUUACCUCGCCUCCACCAUCCUCCGCUCCCACCCGGAGGACCUCGUCCGACUCGCCUUCAUCCGCGACACCCUUGAGCACUGCCCCUACGAGAACCUCAAAGCCUCCGCCGUCGGCUGGCUGAAGGGCGAAACACUCGAAGCCAACAUGCCGCCCGCAACCGCCCACUCGCACACGCACGCGCAUCCACACCAAGAAACCGAGGAAUCCAAAGACCCCGAGACAUCUAUCUUCGCUACCCCUAUCGCUCUCACCUCCCUCGCCCCGUUUCUCUUCCCGGACCUUUCGACCACCAUCCUCCCUCCUGUCCCCAUCUCCGAGGCUUGGGCUACCUUCCGCAAUGAGCUCGGCUUCUAUCUAGCGACUCUGAACUUUUAUUACCUGCUCCUUAGCGCGACGUUCUUGCAUGAGGCGUUGGAUAUCGCGGGCUUGACGGAGACGGCGGAUGUGGGGGGUAGUUUUCUAGGGCCGUUGAGGCAGGCGGUUAGCGUGUUUAAGGAUAGUUUGAAGGAAGGGGGCGAGCUGGCGGCGGAGGAGGAGUCGAAAAAUUCAGGUGGGCUGGGGAAACAGGAUGGGGGACGCGGGUCAGGGGUCCGUGGGAGUUGGAGAUGACUAUAGAGCAGGGUGAUGAUUUAGCAUGUGAUUGAAUAAUGGUCUUCUUUACGAUGCAAGACUAGAGUGGGUGGAUUGAGCGUUGUGAGCGUGAUAGUGAUGCAUGACUGGAUUCGAUGUGGGUAAUGAGAUGUCAAAACGGAGGGGCUACUGAAGCAAUCUAGCAUCACUUGCUACAAGCUUUUAUGCUAUCAUGCCGAUGAAUAGGUCAGACCAGCUUCAAAGAUAUCUACG